GGAGAUGGUAGGUCCAGGUAUGCAACUACUACUACUGCCAACUUGAACUUGGACACAACAUGAACAUAGAGUAACAGGCGAGAGGUUCGGGAGACAUUUCCAUCCAGCUUUGUUUGAUCCGCCUUCUGCCUCGACGGGCGGAUAAGCACUUCGUACAAAGUGUACAGUGCAUUGAGUAUAUCCGGAACUUCCAGUCCAUAUCCUGUUCCCAUCUCGCUCUCACAGACCUCACCACCAUCACCAUGACUCCCGCAACCAACCUAACAAUCCCACUCAAACUCGACGCCUUCGUCUUCAAUCAAAAAGUCUGCGACGGCGGGCCUCGCGACGCCAAGAUCGCGCCCAUCACCCAACCCAACUACACCUUCCUCCGGCUCGAGGACAGCCUGAUUCAGAACGACAUCCUCAACCAUGUCGACCUGCACAACGCCAUCCCAGCCACAUCCAACUCUCGCCUCGUCGACCUGGGCCGCGACGGCGCGGUCCGCACCAACCGUCUGGGCGUCUACCUGCACUGGACCAUCCCCCGUUUCUACCGCAGCGGUGUUGCGGCGACACCCUCGGCAGAGACCAAACAUGCGCAGGAGAGGCGCAAAAAGGGAUUUGGAGUAACUGACCCGUCCGGAACAGGGGCGGAUCUCAGCUCGCCUGAAUUUCCCCAGCUGCCGAACCGCUGGCUGGUGAUCCGCAAGCUAGACCCGCGCGCCGCGACAACGCAACCAGCCGGAGCGGAGAUUGAUGCAGUGACGGCCUGGGUCGUCGAAAGCGAUCGGAUCCGGUACAUCGACGACGAUGAGCUAGACGGCAAGGACCUGCAGGUCGACGUUUCCCCUUUUAUCACAUCCAAGAGCAGUGACCCCACGGACCCGACCAAGAUAUCCCUUGCCGAGCAAGCCGAGGUCUUCAUCGGCUACAAGACUGCCGCGCGGGGCUGGACCGAGACGCCGGGCUUGGACCGGGCCGAUCUCAGCGUUGUCAGUGCAUCCAACCACCUCUUCGCCGACUAUCAACCGCACUGCAGUAAUGUCUUUUCAGUGCUUGACGAUUUUGCGUGCACCAUCAACGGCCAGCCGGGGCACCUAACCUCCGCUGAGGCGAGUUAUUAUGUUUUGGGAUGGCAUUCAGACAGCGCCAACGACCCGCUUGGCAACCUUGAUCCCCACGGCGACGUCACCAGGGGCGAGCGGAUCCAAAGCCGCUCCAUGGGCCUGAACGGCACGGGCCCCUACCCGCCUGACGUUCAGGCAUGGCUAGACUCGAAGUCUCCCGCCCGCGUGCUAUGCCACGGCGCCAUGUACACCGUUCACUGGACCGCCAACUCCCUCCCGCUCAAGGUCCCAGCCAAUGACGUGGCCAAGACCCUGCUCGACGACAUGCCUGUUGCAGUAGGGACGACUCCCAUGGACGCGCUGCUGGCGUACAUCGACGCGCACCAGAUCACGGAUCUGGAAAAGGACUUGCACUUGCUGGAACCGCUUCUGCGCGCGAGAGAUGAUGGAGUGCAGGCGCAAAGGGCGGCGGUGGAUCAGCUGCAGAGCUGGAACUUUGCGCGGACGGCGGGCGGGGUGCAUUGGUAUUUCCAGAAUGAGACGGGGAAGGAGGCGCAGGAUCCGUUGAGUGCUGAGGUUGAGAGUCUGGAGGUGCUCAAUCACGCGCAAAGGCUGGCGGAUUCGACGGCAAGACAGCUGGUGGAGGUGCGGUGGGAGAUGUUUUCGGAGUGGUGGCAGUUUGCGUGUCUAUCGGAGGAUGAGAGGAAGAGCGUGGCGGUUGAGACCAAGAAGCGUACCGAUAAACUGUCGACGCGGUUUGCCACACUCAAGACGCUGCUUGAUGCGGAGCAGGCGAUCGUGGCAGAGAUGUCGCAGGAUAAGACCAAGUUCAGCAAGUUGCCGGCGCCAGGAGUUGACCCGGAGUUUGCUGAGGCCCGGGAUCCGACGCUGUUGGUGGGCGGUAUACAAGCGGGCUGGCCUGACGAUUAUCUGGACACGCUCCAGGUGCGUCUGGAUUCUCAAGUGAUUCGUCCGACGGCGCCAAUGCCACCGGGUGAUAUGACGCCGUAUUGCGCCGACGUACUGCCCCCGGGUCUGAAGGAAACGGCCACAGCGCUUGUCCGAGAGUUCAUCGCCCUCAAUCCAGCUGCAGUCGCACACCCAGUUUUGCGAGAAGAGGCGUGUGCUGUAGGCGAGAACGACAAACCGGGAAGGAAGUCGAUUGAAGACCCGGAUCCCGGCACCUUCUUCCCCUUGUACCACGACCUCGGCAAACACGGCGACCCCAAAGGCCCGCUCCGCGACCAAUGGGGCGAAUCACAGCCGUGGUUCCCCCUGUUCCUCGAGUGGGAGGCCGAGUACUUCCACAUCCCUUGGGACGACUGGGAGCUCAACGGGGAGCUCAAGGACCAGGUGGACAAGCGGUGGAAGCUGGGCAUCCGCGACGGACUCGAUCUGGCCAAGGCGGACAUCACAGACAGACGCACGCUGUCCGGGCGGAUCCUGCUGCUCCCACAGCCCAAUUUUUCGCUGCAGGCGGCCGUGCAGGACCUCUUUAGCAACACGGAUCCCGAAAUCCUCAACAAAUACCUGCCUGACCCGGCGCAGCGGGACCUCGUCCGGAAUGACACUUACCAACUGCCAUUCCUGUCGGCACCGCUAGACGGCUUCAGCUCUGAGCUUGUGACACUUAUGAAGGGGACACACAUCAAGCCUAACGCCCGCUUUCCGCAGACCGGGUACCAAGUGCAGGGCAUUCAGCCACUCCCUGACGCCAAGAUAGCUCCGUUUGGAACGGCCGAGCUGUGCAUUAUCGACGCGCAGUCGGAGCAGACACCGUUUGGGCGACUCGUGCUCUUCCACACGCCGUCAUCUGGCGAGAAGGGUGCAGGUCUGAAAGGUAGCAACAAAGGUAAAGGUGUUGAUGACGAGGACGACGCACCUAUCCCGUUCAAACCAGCCCGGCACGGCCAGUUCCGCUUCUCCAAGCUCAACAUCGUCGACAAGUUCGGCCAGGCCAUUUCAGCCAUCGACCCCCGCUAUGGUCACGAGCACGAAGAGGCCGUGUACCCUUGUCUGAGCAGAUACUUUGCGCCGCAGCUGCUCGGGGGACAGCCCAACAUAGUUCAGCCCCCUGCGCGGCCAGGCCACUGCGAAUUCGCCCAGGUCCCGCCGGCCAUCAAUCAGCCGGCGCGGCUCAACUGCGCGUUCGUAAAGCACGAUACGCGGUGGGACACGGACAAGACCAGCUACUCGUACUGGCGGCCCGUGACCGAGUGGGAGACCCCUGUCUGGGGCUGGGUCGUGCUCAACUACGCCGACUACGGCAUCCAGAUCUUCCUGCCCGACGGCACCUUCUACCGCGAGGUGCGGCUGGCAUCACCCACAGCGCCGCGCCACACAUCAACCGGCGCCAAAUGGCUGCCGUUUGACCCCCCAGCCGAGCCGCCGCAGACAGGCCAGCUGGAUCUACUGAUCGAGCGGCUGACUGCCCCCGACCAAAAGUACCUGCUUUCCUUCCUCGCCAUGCUGGGCGGCUCACUCGACGCCUCCACAGCCUCGUCCGCGCCCAGCGCGUACGGCACAUUCCUCAACAGCCUCGUCGGCCGGCCAAUGGCGCUGGUCAACGCCGCGUGGAGCCUGGAACUCGCAACCGACGCCCGCAAGGACCAGUCUGCGCUCGACGGCCACGAGCACAAGAAACAAGAGACCAGUCUGCUGGACGGCGGCGACGGCAAGACGGUGUACAAGUUCCCGCUCAAAAUCGGUGACCAGUCCCGCGCCCACGACGGGUUUGUUGGAUAUUUCCUAGCCAAGGAGGACCCAAAGCCGGGGGAUGAACUUGACCUGGACACGGCGUAUACCUACUACCCCGACCCAGCCCCUGGGGCAGGCACAUCGACACAGCCCAUCGGUCCAGGGAACUACCCCCACCUCAGCGCCUUCUGGCUCAAGCCCGACGACUACACCCCACCAAAAGCCAAAGACCCCUCCCUCGCGGCACGGUAUCACACCCGGGACUGGAACUCUCACCUAUCCGUCUUCGGCCUGCUCAUCGACCCCUUCGUGCCCGUCACAUCUUUCACAGGCGGUCUGCUCCCCACGGGCAGCCUGCCCUUACCACCAUGGACAUGGCAGGGUGCAUUGGCACGCAUGACUGCGUUCUUUCAUGCAGGGCCGCUGGUGGUGGUCGGUGAUGUGCAAAAGUACUGGAAUGCGGACCCGUCCAAGGUGCUAAAAUCGCAGUACACGCUUGAUCCGCCUGAUAAAGAUCAGACGGUCAAGGAGAGUAAGGUGGGGAUUCCGGGGUUGGCUGUGGCGAACUGGGCUUGGUUGCAGCCAUUUUGGGAUACCAGUAAUGGUGGGGAGAAGGGGAAGGGGAAGCAGGAGUAUAUGGCGUUGGGACUGGGCAAGGUGGAUGGGCGGCCGGGGUAUCAAAAGGGGCCGUAUACCGCGAUCGAGGGCUACCUGCAGUUGAAGGCGCCCAUUGUGAGGUCGGGGUGACGGAAUGUCGGGAAGAAGUGAACUGGUCAGGGUGCCAUAUGAGGCAUGAUUCGGUUGAGGAGGUCCUAACUUCCGCUUGCGUUACUUUCGCCUUCUUUCUUAUAUUUCCAUAGCGGUCGAGCAGAAUGGAAGUUCAGAGUGUUGAACAUUGGGCGCAACCGACCGACGAGAAUAUGGAAGUUGACAUUCGCUAAAAGGUCCUGUAAUGCAUUGUUAGUUUAUCAGUCCAGAAUAGAGCAUCAAAACCUCUUAUAAUGGGUUCAUUCAAGAAGAUAGUAACCGUCGGCACCUUCGAAAUUGCGAAUAGUCGUGGUGCACAUGCAGACUGAUGAGUGGGGGCAGUUGUGGU